CGCGUCGUCGCAAUGGACGACUUCAAGUCGUGCGACCUCGACGAGACGCCAGCCGUCGCGAUUUUCGUCGUCGAGACGGUCGAAAACGCGCAGCCCGCGGAGGCGGCGGGGACGUGCCUGCGCUUCUACAACCGCAAGCGGAAGUCCGGGGAGUCGACGCUGCUGCGCGGCACGCUGUCGUACGCGGUGCUAGGGCUCGGGGACACGAACUUGCUCUUGGACAGGCAGACGACGACGGCGAAGGACUGCAACCAGGCGGCGCAGACGCUGGACUCGGCGUUGCACUCAUUAGGGGCGACGAGGAUCGCGCAACGCGGGGAGGCGAACGAUGCGGUGGGGUUAGACGAGGCUGUCGAGCCGUGGUGCGAGACGCUGUGGCCGGCGCUGGGAGAGGCCAUCGCGCAGGCUGACCUCGUCGGCGUCCCCGCGCUCCCCGCGUGCCGCGUCGUCGUCUCCAUGCACGCGACGCGCGCGACGCGCCCCCUCGACGAGGACGACGCGCCGUGCGAUGGCCCGCACACCGCGGAGUCGCCGUACCUAGCGCCGGUGACGCGCUCGAAGCUCAUGACCGACCCGGCUUCCGAUCGCCGCGUGUUGCAUCUCGAGUUUGACCUCACCGCGGCGAAACGCGCGGCGUCGCUGGCGUACGAGCCCGGGGACUCCAUCGGCGUCCUCCCUCGUAACGACCCGGAGCUCGUGUCCGAGCUCGCGUCCAGGCUCGGUCUGAGCCUGGAGAGCUCGUUCGACCUGACGUGGGCGUCGGAGCACGCGUCGGCGAAUCAGAAUCAGAAUCAGCCGCCGCCGUUGCCGAACGUCCGACGCCCGUGCGUCGUCGGCGACGUCCUCUCGCGCUCCGUGGACAUCACGUCCGUCCCUCGAAAGUCGCUCCUCCGCGCGCUCGCGGAGGCGUGCGCGGAGUCGGAAGACCGCCUCAAGCUCCUGUACCUGUGCAGCCGGGGCGGGCGAGACGCGUACAAGAGAGAGAUGGUCGAGGAGGCGCCAACGUUGGUCGACCUCCUGACGACGAUCGCGCCGAGCUGCGCGCCGGAUCUCGCGACGUUGCUCGACGCGUUGACGCCGCUGCAGCCGCGGAUGUACUCCAUCACGACCGCGCCGGAGGCGCACCCGGGGAAGCCCGCGGUCGCGUUCUCGGUCGUGUCGUUUCAAACCCCGCAGGGCGCGGCGCGGCGCGGCGUCGCGACGCAUUGGCUCGAUCGGUCGACGACGCGCGGGGCGGACGCGUCGUCGUCGUUCAGGUGCCCGGUGUUUAUCAAACGCUCGAUCGCCUUCCGUCCCCCGGAGGACCUCUCCACGCCGAUGCUCAUGAUCGGCCCGGGGACCGGCGUCGCGCCGUUCCGCGGGUUCCUUCAGCGCCGCGCGGCGAUGAUCGACGCGGCGAAGAAGAAGGCGGCGCGCGACGGGGAGGCGGCGGACGUCGUCGCGCCCGGCGACGCGUUUUUAUUCUUCGGGUGCCGCGCGCCGACGGAGGACUUUCUGUACCGAGACGAGUUCGAGGCGUUCGCCGCGGACGGCACGCUCACGAAGCUCGUCACCGCGUUCUCGCGCGAGAACCCGGACCAGCCGAAGGUGUACGUCCAGCACAAGAUCAGGGAGCACGCGGCCGCGGUCGCCGCGCUGAUCGUCUCGAGCGACGACGCGCGCGUGUACGUGUGCGGCGACGGCGGCGGGAUGGCGAAGGACGUCCACGCCGCGCUGUGCGAGGUGAUCGCGUCGCACGGCGGGGUGGAGGGCGUGACGUGCGCGGAGGACGCGGGUAAGAUGCUGGCGGAGAUGACGAAGGCGGGGAGGUACGUGCGCGAUAUUUGG